AUUAUUUUUUAUGUGAAUUAUUGCGAAAUCGAAAUUGAAAUCGAAGUGGAAGUGCUGCUAGUGCAGAAAGUGUGUGCCCUACAUAGCGAGUAGUUUUGAAACCUACGAAAAUAUUUUAAAAAUCUAAAGAUUAAAAGUGUCUAAGGAUCACAAAAUAGUAAACGAGUUUUGCAUCUGUUCAUUUGAAAAGUAGCAACAUGUAUACGUCAUCCAACGCGGAAGACUUAUCGGCCAUACAGCAAUUGUUUUAUGGAUCCACCAUAUUUGUUACUGGAGGCACUGGAUUUUUGGGAAAAAUUCUGCUCAAUAAGCUCUUUACGUCAUGCCCUGGAAUAAAUACGAUUUAUGUGCUUGUGCGAAAUAAAAAAAAUAAAAAUGUGCAUACUCGAGUGGAGGAAAUAUUUGAAGAUCCGAUAUUCAAUACUUUGAAGAAGACAACUCCCAAAUUUCGAUUUCACAUCCAAGGCAUUGCGGGCGAUUGUCUGCUGCCCGGCCUGGGCUUAUGCCUGGAAGAUCGAAAAAUGUUAAUAGAUAAUGUCAACAUUGUUUUUCACAUGGCAGCCACAGUGCGCUUCGACGAGAAACUGAAGACGGCCAUGAAGAUAAAUGUGAAUGCCGCUCACGACAUUAUGUUGCUCUGCAAAGAAAUGUCAAAUCUGAAGAGUGUGGUCCACGUUUCCACAGCCUAUACGCAGUGCCCGCAGAAAAUAAUUGAGGAGAAAUUUUACCCCCCACCGAGCGAUGCUAAAAAUCUAAUGCUAAUGACAGAAUGUAUACCCGACAAGCUGCUGGAACACAUAACGCCCCACUUGUUGGGUAAAUGGCCCAACACAUAUACGUUUACAAAGGCCGUAGCCGAGGAUGUUGUUAAGAAUAGUGCCACAGAUCUGCCUGUUGGAAUAUUUCGGCCGGGCAUUGUUAUUUCGACCUACCAGGAUCCAGUGUGUGGCUGGAUCGAUAACUUUUACGGACCCACGGGAGCAAUAGCUGGCGCUGGUACUGGCGUGAUACGAACAUUGCGCUGUGAUCCGAAUGCAGUGGCGAAUAUGGUGCCGGUGGAUCUGUGUGUUAAUAGCAUAAUAGCAACAUCUUGGGAUGUACAUCAGAGAUACAAGAGCUUCAAAGAGAACACAGAUGAAACGGCAAAGAAUAUGCCGCCGGUCUAUAACUUUUGCACAGCCAAGGAUAAUCAGCUAACCUGGGGAGAGUUCACAACGAAAACAACAAAGUAUGGACUCAUGUAUCCCACAUUAAAGGCCUUCUGGUAUCUCUGCUAUUCAAACACUCCCAAUAGAGUCCUUCAUAUGCUCUCCAUAGUAUUCCUCCACUAUCUGCCAGCUCUGCUAUUCGACAUGUCCUGCUUGUGUUUUGGGAAGAAGCCGCGACUACUGGCGGCCUAUAAGAAGAUCCAUAAGUUCAUGAACGUGAUUGCUUACUUUUCGAUGCGCGAGUGGGACUUUCAAAUUGAUAAUGUCCAAGGUCUUUGGAAAAGAAUGUCUAGUUUGGACAAACGCAUAUUCUUCUUCGAUAUGAAACAGUUGGACUGGGAACUGUUCCUACAGCAGUACUUCCGAGGCAUACGACAGUACUUGCUAAACGAUCCAUUGGAAACCAUACCUAAGGCACUAGUGAGGUGGAAGAGACUGUACUGGUUGCACCAAUGUGUUAAGUUUGUAAUCUAUGUUAUUGUUGCUCACUUGUUGUGGAUUUGUUUCAAGAGUUAUAAAUAAACAACUGAAAUACCAGCUGA